CCUUAAAUGAGCUGACGCCAGAAGAGAAAGGCACUUUCUCUUAGGCUUAGCAGCAAGUGGCAGCAGCAGCAGAAGUGGCAAUGAGACGCUCUGUGCUCUUCGCUGUGUGCCUCGGCCUGGUGCUGAGCCUUCUGAAAGAAGCCCCUGCUGAAACAUCUGCUGGCACAACAAUGACGCCAAGCUCAAUACCUGCAGAAUACGGUACUGAAAAUGGAAUAGGUCCCGACCCACCAGAGAUGCCAACCUCAGAAGGUACAGAUAACAGUGCUGUAAAUGGAACAGAUCCUGCCCCAACCUCAGCACCUGCAGUGGACUUCUGCCGUGGAGAUCCUUGUGGAAGUUCAGCUACCUGUAUUUCCUUACAAAGCAAUUAUACCUGUGUGUGCAAAUAUGGAUACUACUACAGCAAUAAGAGUUGUAGCAAAGGGCAAAUAUACCCAGCCACUAUUACAGUGAAUGCAUCUUAUAGUGAAAAUCUUCAAUUUGUAAAUUCCACAGAGUAUCAAGAACUGUCCAACAAAUUAUCAGCCUUUUUUAAGGAGGCCUUCAAAGGUCUAACAGACUAUGAAGAAACUGUCAUCGUGAAAAUUCAACGUCCAGGUGAAAGCAGAAAUGCUGCUCCAGGACUGAAUGUAGCAGUGACAAACCUGUUCAGGAAGAGCUCCGAUGCAACUGCGGCCACUGUUAGCGCUGCAAUAGAAAAGGCAAUCAGGAAUGACCGGUCCUUGGUUGAUUCUUAUGAGGUGGCAACACAUUGUGAUAUUUAUGGAUGUGAUCCUAAAACCACAGUGUGUGAAGGGGAAGAUUUUCCAGAAUGCAAAUGCAAACCUGAUUUAGAAAAAACACAAGGGGAUGAUCGUUCUUGUAAAGUUUGCAGUAAAACCUGCUCUGCAAAGAAUCGCAAGUACUGCAUACAAGAAGAAGGGGGUCAAACAUGCAAAUGUAUGAUUAACUUUAAAAAUCAGGAUGGAGAAUGUGUGGCUUGUUCAGUGGGCUUCUCUGGGGAGGACUGCACUGACAAUAGUGAACUCAUCCUUAUAAUAGUGGGCACAGUGUUUGGAGCCAUUAUCCUGAGUUUAGUGAUAGCAGUCUCUGUUAUUUCAGUCAGAGCAAAGCACAAACAAAAUCCAGAGAAGAGGAGCCUGAUGAAGUCAGGGUAUUCUGACAUUAAUGCCUCUGAAGACAGACCAAGCAUGUUCCCCAGGGUGCAGACCACUUCUGGCCAUGCAAACCCAGGAUAUCAGCCCAACAACCCCUAUGAGAUGCGUUCUGCACAUAGAGAUCGUUUUCCAGAGAGGGAUUAUGAUGAUUUGUACGAAAUGUCACGGGAGCCCACGGGCUUUAGGACACAGAGCAGAUACUGAGUGAGCAGAGCAGCAGAAGGAUGGACGACCACCACAACACUGGAUCAGAGCAAGGAGUUUCACAGCCUCUCACCAAUGCAGUUACUUCAGCAGAAGAGACAACAACGACCUUAACCCCAGAUUCUCUCAAGGUUUUCUAGAGAAAGAUUCUUGCUUGAAAGAGAUCAACUUUAAAAUAAGGGAAAAAUGUUAGGGAGUAGGGUGAAGAAGAGGACUUCUUUUAAAAGAACUAAUGUGCUCCAAUAAACAUUAGGCUUCUUCAAAGAGGCCAGUGCAUUGGCAAGAGAGUGAAUGUAGACAAGAUACCAGGAUUCUAACCCUGCUGGUUUUCAGUUCUUCUGGAAGACGGUCCAGGCAAUAUUUGUGAUGCUGAAAAAGAUCAGUACCCAGAGCUUCACUUGGAUUUGUGCUCACUUAAUUUGAACUACAGCUUUGGGACAAUGAAAACUGUUUUUCAUGAGAAUCUGACGUGUUUCACUUUAUGAUAUUAGAUACAGGUUUUUUCACCCUCCUCAACCCCCAGUAUUUGUCACCUGAAAGCAUUCUGUUCAGUUCUCUGCUGACAUGGGUUGUGAGAGACAAUGGCACUUGUCUGACCUUUUCCACAGUCUUCUUUCCCAAUACAAUGGCAAGAUACAAUAUCUCCAAACAAACACUAUUCUUCUUCAUCUUGCAAAACUGCAUUGAUUUUACAUUUUUAGCUCCUGUGGAAAGUGUUAGCAUUUUUCUUUCUUCUGCAGUCUUUAUGUUUGAAUGAUAAUAAGCUUGGUGUUUGGGUUGGUUUGGUUUUUUUUUUAAUUUCUUACAUACAGUCAAUAAACCUGUCUGUAAAAGAAUUUGUAUUUUACUGAGUGUGCAUUAUCUGUUGACUGGCAUUAACAUUAUAUUUAUAUAAAAUACUUAUAUGCACACAUAUGUACAUAUAUUUAUAGAUUACAAUCAUUUAAAGAAUCAUUUAAUUCUGUUGUAUUUUGUGAUUUGGUUUUUAUAUGUGCAGAUUAACUUUUCCUAUUAAACAUUAUUUUUUUCUCAGUACCAAGGCUUUCUUAUGCUCCUGCCAGUGAUUUAAGUGUUUUUUAAAACUCCAGAGACUGUUUUAUGUUAAAAUUUAUGCAUAGUUUAGACACAAGUG